UGCGUUUGCGCGCCCUGCUGCUGGGACCGAGAAUUACGACGUGACGACAGGACGCUGCGUACGCGGUACGCGUCCCGUGCUGGCGCGCGGAUACGGGUAGGUUGCCUGCCCAGGCCCUAGCAACGGGGGCGGACCUGGCCGGGCUGGGAGCAGCCGCUCGACGCCGCCAUGCCGGAGGGCAAGUCCCUCUUCCGGGAGGUGCUGCCCAAGCAAGGGCAGUUGUCAGUGGAGGAUGUGGCUACCAUGGUGUUAUGUAAGCCAAAACUGUUGCCUUUAAAAUCUGUUACCCUAGAAAAGCUAGAGAAGAUGCAGCGAGCCGCCCAGGAGACCAUUCGCCAGCAAGAAGUGGCACAGAGGGAGCAGCAGCAACAAAGCCAACAAUAGGGUCCAUGAUGGCUCACCCCCUCUAAGAAAUAUUUCACCUAAAUAUUGUACCUUAGUUUGCUUAUUUUAAUCUAGUGAUGUUUGCUGUACAGGAAUGGUAGACAUCCAAACUAAACUUUCUUAGCUCAUGUCUUCUUAUAUUAUAAAUGUCUGUAGAUUUUGCUUAA